AUGAUGUGGAAGGCUUCCCUUGUUAUGGCCAUGGCCAUCCCGCUGGCGUCCGCCGCCCUGGCGGAUUACGCACUGCAUACAGUCCUUGACAAUGCUGCUCCGAUCUUUGGAUCGUACAAAAAGGUCACAGGGGGAAAGUCGGAAUGGAUGAAGAAAUAUCACGACAACACUUUGCUCGUUCAUAUGAACAUCCCCGGCACCCACGACAGCGCCACGGGAAGUUACAACCAGGCGACGCAAGAUGCCCUUCGGGGCAUUACAGAUCUCAACCAGGUCGUUGUUCCGGUGCCAGAGGCAUUGACGUGCCAGGAUGUGAAUUUCAUCAACAUGCUCGACAUGGGAAUCCGGGCAUUUGAUCUGCGAUAUGCUUUCGAUCCAACAAACACCACUCUCAUCUUCUAUCAUGCACAGGCCCUGCUGUCGGAGAAAGCUAGUGUCAAUGAUGUGCUCUUUGGCUUUUACAAGUGGCUGGAUGAUCACCCCUCGGAGACCAUUUUCCUGUCAUUCCAGUACCAGGGCUCGACAGCUCUGUACGCCGAAAACAACGCGGCUGUGCAGUUGGAGCUCUUCAAUACCCUCACCAGCCCCGCAGCGCGCCAUUAUUUCAAGCAAACGAAGGAUGAAUUGGGUACCUUGGGCGACGCACGUGGCAAAAUUACUCUCAUGCGCCGUUUCGACCUGGACCAGCUUCCGGAUAACUACACAGCCGCACUUCCCGGCCUGCACUUCUCGCCCAAUCUCUGGAAUGAUAACGGCGCCGCCAUCGACCUGGUGUACAACUCGGACAAGAACUUGACCGCCUACAUCGAGGACUACUACCAGCCGCUCACGCCCACUGGGUCCAGUGCGGUUGAGAACAUCAGGUGGAAGUACAACGCCACGACGGAAAACAUCCACAAAGCCACUACCCAGCACCCGAACAGUCUCUUCUGGACAUGGGCGUCUAGUAACAAUAUCGUCAACAACCCUCCCGAUUGGCCUCGGAUCAUGGCACUUGGAAACGGCACCCACUAUACACCAGCUGGUGGAGUUAACCAGCAGCUAGUGCCUUUCCUGAAGAAGCAGAAAGGCAAGCGUGUGGGAAUCGUGAUGUUUGAUUUCUUUGAGCAGCCCUCCAACCUGGUUGAUACGCUUUUGGAUUUGUGA